UGAGAAUGCACAAAUGCACAUUUUUGCUGUUUGUUUUGUUUACAGUUUUACAUUGCUAUUUACAAUUUUAAUUUUUAAAUGUUUUUUAUCAAUUUUGAUCUCAAUCCCUCGUUAUGAAUAAUUACAAGAGUAAAAUCAAUUAUGAUAGUCCUUGUGAUUCGGAUAAUGACUGGACUAGCUCUUCAAAUGAUUCCAAAUAUUCAGAUUCUGAAAGUUCAGUGCCAGAGUGGGAUUCUGAUGUGGGCGAAGAUGGAGAACUUGUUUACAUCAAAAUUAAAGAAAACAAUGAUGCCUCAGAGGAUGCCACAGCCCCAUUAUUAGAAAAAUGUGAGGCUUUUAAUUUAAGGAAUAAUUUCAAACGAUCUUCUACCAGGCGAUCUACAAAAGGUAGAAUAUUUAAAGCAUUAAAAGUGCGUAAAGCAAAAAAUAUGGCCAGUGGGAAUAAAGAUGGUACUGCCUCAUCUCAAAGUAAUAAAGAACAAUCAAAGGAACAUGACACUUCCGUCAUUAUAGUGGUCAGCAAAAACAUGAUUUUCAGUACCAAAAAGAAUUGUCAGAUAGAAAAAAUUUUAGGUAUAAGUCUGGAAACUCAUUCUGAUGGGAAAAGAUUAGUUGUUCAAGAUUUUUCCAUUGAAGCUCUUGCAAUUUAUUCACCUAAAGUAAAGAAAGGUUUUAUACUUCAGAAACUAAAUGGUAUAGAAGUGGAGGCAUGUAACAUAAAUAAUGUUCUUCAAAGGGUUGCAGAUGAUCCUUUCAAUCCUAAGCUUACAUUCCAAGCUCCAUCAGAAGGCGAUAAUAUAGACAUUGUCAAACUGCUUACUUCAAAAAUUGAGGUAGAUAAUUCUCUCUCACAAUUCUUACGAGAUUCACAUUGUUCAGUCCUGUACAUAUGCUGUAAUGAUAUUGAAUAUCACAAUAAUGAUGAUAAUGGAGUCUUGUAUUGCUAUCCGCGGCCAUACAACCAAAAUUACCUGUAUAAUACCAGAGGGGCUUAUGUAACUUUAUGUCAUUUGGCACCAAAGUCUUUAGGAACAAGUGAACCAAUCACAUCAACAGUGCUCUAUGCCGAAACUCUUAUCAAUAUCACAUACAAAACUAACUAUGGCGAUCUGUUAUUGGUUGCAUUUCCUAAUAAGUUUGUAAAUGUGUUUGCUGCGAAAAGGAUAAUUGAUGAUAUUGUUAGAAUGUUGGAAUUUUUAUAUGGAUCAUUGAAAUCCUGUUUUACAAAGCCAAAUAAUGUUGAUAAGUUAGAUGGCAUCUUUUCUCGUGUUUUCGUGUCUUUAAUACAUGGCUGUGAUAAAGAUGAGAAAGGCAAUAUAAAUAUGAAUCAGUUUGAGGAUCUGUUAGGUGCUCAUGCAGUGACAUUACCAUUGGAUGUGAGAGUGCAAGUUGAUGACGCAAUCACUGAAUUAGAAGCAGCUGACUACAGAGAAUGGACAGAUGAUGUUGAAAACUUUCAAAGACUGUACACGGUGAUUGGUGCGUGUUUGUACUACUCUGGUCACUUGUUAAGUUCACAUUUACAAGACGAAGACUUGAAGGAGAUCAAUGCGUUUCUAAAAUUGAAUGGGAUUCUUAAACUAAGUACAGAAAAGGAACUAGAGAAGCUUGUAAUAUGGAAAGAAGUCUACAUCAACGAGCAUAGAACUGCUAAUAUGACAGAUACUUCUGAAUUCAGGAUUCCAGAAGGUCGCUGGUUCCUGCUUCUCGUUGGCAAAGGUCACUUUAUACUGGCCACAUUGAUGGAGGCAGGUGGAUGUACUGAGGAUGCAGUGGGAGUCACCCCGCCAUCUCCAUUUUACGUGGAAGAAUGUGAGAGUUGUCUAGAAUUGCUCUACGAAAUGGGACUCAACAAGUACCUCGCGUCCUGGUUCUCUUCCAAUACUCAGCCGCAGUUGCAGACCACGCCGGAGUGCCUGACAAAGCAUGGAAGGAAAAUCAAGGAAUUGAAUGCAUUGAAAACGGAACCAGUAAAAACAUCAACACUCAAACAUUCCAAAUCUCAAAUCGAUUUAAAGAAACGCCACAGUUCCACGGAACAAAUCAACGCGUGUACAAGCGACAUCGCCAGCAACCACGGCGGCCAUCACAGUUUGUACAACCAGUGGUACAGCGCGCCGCAGAAACAGUAUCGCCAUUCAAGCAAUUUGGAUAUAAGUUAUUCGGAAGAUUCUAAUAGUUUGAAAAGUAACAGUGAAAUAAGUGACGAUCGUGUUCAAGGAAGAAGGGCUGAUAGGGAGCAGAAGAAUAGAAGAGAUUCUUCAGGAUCUGAUUCUGACUGGGAUAGACAGGACGGCAGUAGAGCAAGCAGCAGUGUGGAUAUGUCUGAUAUUAGGAAGUCUCUUCUGAACGAAAUAGACCGAGUUACUACACACAGGAUAACUGCGGGCGAUGAAAACGUGUUAUUCCAUUUCGUGCAACUAGACACAGCGAAGGGUGUCCUCAUAGCUCCGGUGAAGAACAUCGAGGCACAAGCCAAUAACGCUCUGUAUUCAUACAUCAUCAAGACUUUCAGGUCCGCCUGCCGAAGGAUUCAUGAGAUUUUACAACACAAUAUUAGGUUUAAAGCAAAUGAAACGCCAAAAAGUCCGCUGAACAAGAUCCUGAUAGCGGUGAAGGAACAUGGCAUGUUAUUUCAAGCGCCCGCUCAUAUCUUGAACGAGUGCGGCAUCAAUAAGAAAAGCUCAGAGAACUUUAAAUUCUGGGUUGUCGGACGCGUAUUCAGCGAGCCCGAGCCACGGGAGCUUUACCUCUGCUACCACGAAUCAGUGCCUCAAGAUAUCACUGAAGUCGCCGCUCUUCUCUCUUACUUAGAAUAACACUAAAUCUUAUUGUUUAUAUAUUAAAUUUGGGAUUCCUCGUUGAGGCGUAGCCCUAACCUGUCACCAUUUGAAUCUCAAUUCCAUUUUAAGCUAUACUGCUGAACGUGGCCUUAGUGUUUUCAAGACUGUUUGCUCUGUCUUCCUCUUAAGGGGCAAAAUGCAAUGUAUUGGAAAUAAUAUUCAACGAGCCUUGAAUCUGCGAUAUAUGACUAAGCUUUAUUAUAUAUUUGUUCAAUUAAAACUACUCAGAUAAGUUAAGUUAACCUAAGGUUUAAAGUGUUUAAGAAAAU